UUUCCACAAUUCAUCAUCUUCCUCGUAUUCUCCGAAAAAUUCCAUAUCGAAAUUCGAAAAUACAAAGAGCCCAAGAAGAAAAAAAGGAGGAAUCCCCUGAAAAAUCUCGUCCUCAAGCUUCCGAUCAAGGGGUUCACAGCGCGCCACAGAAAUUGUGGGGGAAUUUCUCUCCGAAUUCGCCAGAUUUUUUGGGGUUUCGACCCCGAAGCGCCAGAUUCAGGUCCUGCUCGUGCUUCUCGCUCGUGAUCUUCACCAUAUGCCCCGGGAAAAGCCGAUGUCUCGAGCUUCGUGGCCUGAGAUCUGAAAUAUGAGGGCGGGAUUCUGUGAUGGAAUGUGAUAGUCGCGUGGGGUUGUUGGGAUUGAAGUUUGGUUGAUGGAGCAUAAAGUCGAGAGCUCAAAUGGAACUCAAGCUCCUAAGAAAGCCAGAUGUCUGGCGGUUAAGAGCUUGUAUAAAUCUGGGUCAUCGAAGGAGGAUCCCAAGAGGUUGCAAAGUAAGAACUUGAAGAGGAAAAUCAGCUCUGAUGAUGGUGGGGAUGAAAAUAAGAAGAGGAAGAGUAGAAAAGAAGUAUCUCUGAGUAGCUUGAAGAAGAGAAAGGAGAAGAGACUAAGUGAUGUAACUAAUGCCGGCGCUCAUUUUGGUUCUCAUGACUCGUCAGAGUCGAAGCCCGAGGUGGAUGAGAGGCCAAGCUCGAAUGGAAAUCUGAAUGGCAUUGGACUUAGUCUAGAUGACAAUGUCGUUAAAAUUCCAAAGCGUAAACGAGGAACUUCGGGACGGAAAAGGCUUGAGCAUACUCAAGAGUCGAAUCCAGCUGAGCCCUCCAUCAGCAGAUUGGAUUUUGCUGAUCCGUCUGGGAAGCUCACAGAUGGUGAUCCUGAAAGAGGAAGCGGCGAUGAAAACAUUAAAAGAGAGGAUGCUUUUGAUGAUCUGAAGGAGAACGGGCACAGUGUUGGCGGACCUUUGCAGGAGCAGGAUUACCUUGUAAGGAGUUCAACAACAAACAAUGGCAAAUCGAAAAAGUCAGUCAAGAAUCGUCGAAAGCAGAGAGAGGUGAAGCCGGGAGGGGUUCAAACUGCUGUGGUGGAGGCAGGUUCUGCAGUCGAUGUCUCUGCCAAGAGAUGUGAUGAUCAGCAGGAAGAUGACGAGGAGAAUCUGGAGGAAAAUGCUGCUAGGAUGCUAUCCUCACGGUUUGACCCAAGCUGUACUGGGUUUUCUUCAAGGAGUAGAGCAUCGCCAUUGCCAUCACCAUCACCAUCACCAUCAUCAAACAGCUUGUAUUUUCUAUUAUCUUCUAAUGGAAAAUUUUUAGAUCAGGGAUCUGCAUCUCGUGCUUCACCAAACUCCCCAUCUGUUAAAGCAGCUAAUAGAGCCUUAAGGCCAAGAAAUCAGCAUGGAGAAAAACUACGUUCCCGGAAAAGGAGGCAUUUCUAUGAAAUUCCUUCGGAUCAGGUGGAUGCAUAUUGGGUUAUGAAUAAAAGAAUCAAGGUCUUCUGGCCACUAGAUCAGUGCUGGUAUCAUGGCCUCGUAAAUGACUACGAUGGAGAAACAAAGCUCCAUCACGUCAAGUAUGAUGACCGCGAUGAAGAAUGGAUCGACCUUCAAAAGGAACGUAUUAAACUCUUGCUACUUCCCGGUGAAGCUCAGACUAAGUUUGCAGUUGGCGGCAAGAAGAGAAGUGUGGAGCGUACCAAUGAAGAGGAAGAGAGACCUUUAACUUCAGCCAAUGAUGGCUGUAUCAGCAAUUACAUGGACACUGAACCAAUCAUUUCAUGGUUGGCUCGAUCAAGUCGUGGGGUCAAAUCUUCUUCUUCCCGUUCUGUGAAGAAACGAAUUCUUGGUCCAUCUCUGAAAAUGAAGCCUUCAUCAUCUGCUGUUGGUGCUGUGGAUACAUGUGGGGCCACUACUGCUGGUUCUUUCCCGAAAGGAAGUCACAUGGCGUUUCAUGGAGAUUGUGCCACAACAGGUGGACCUUUUCGUGCUGGAAAGGUUGAGAAAGUUGCAAAGAGCUCCAGAUCUAUGAAAGGUGGCAAAGCUCCUGUUGUUUACUACAGGAAGCGGUUUCGCCGGGCAGGUGGAGCCUUGUACCAGAGAACAGAGGAUGAUUCCCUCUCAUUGGGAAAAUCAGAUUCUCGGGGGUCUUUGUUGACCAUUCAAGAGACGGGCUGCUUGAAGUUAAUAUAUCUAGUGAGAAGAGAAUCAAACGAUAUCAUGGUCAGUUCUCUUCUCCGCCCUUUUAGAGUAGAGGAGUCCCAGUUAGUCUAUGAUCUCGUUCUGCUUUAUUAUGGAAGACUGAUGACCGUGUGGCCUGUGGUGAAGUUGGAGAUGCUUUUUGUCGACAGCAUGGUUGGUUUGAGGCUUCUCUUGUUUGAAGGAUGCUUGGGGAAGGCUGUAGCUUUCGCAAUUUCAAUUUUAAAUCUACUGAGUGAGUCUAAUGGAGAGGUGAAAUUUGUAAGCUUGCGAUCUCCAAUAACUUCUGUUAGAUUUAAAUUCUCUUGUGUUCAGGGUUGUGAAAACCAACUUGUGUUUGGAUAUUACAACUUUUUGAGAUUAAAACGUUCUAAGAGGUUGUGUUUAGAAUCGAUACUGAGGGAGAAUUGUUUGCUAGUUGAGAAACUUUCUCCUUCUGAAUGCACUUACAACGCGCUUCAAAAUGGAGACAUCCCGUUACUGGCAUCAGCUGCUUUGGACUCUUCAUUAGAGGGUCUACAGAAGAUGACCAGUGAAGCAAUUUGGCCCUCAGGUGAAUCUAGAGGUAAUGGUGAUGAUAAUGGGGAAAAUUCUUCAGGUUCUGAUGCAGAGUACAUGAAGCUUCCUCCGUUUGCUCUCCCCUUUACCGCUGCUCCUACUUUCUUUCUGAGCUUGCACCUGAAGCUUCUUAUGAAUCAUAGUGUGUCCAAAAUUAGUUUCGUCGAGCUUAAUCAGGAGAAAAGUGCAGAAAAUGCAAGCAUUUUGGCUCAACCUAACACCGCCAUAGAUAACUGCUCAAAGAAUGAUAUGGGAUUCCACACUAGCCAAGAAGCUCCAUCAAGAGAGAGUCACUACUUGCGUUGUGCUAAAGAUGAUCAGGCUGUUGAGAUGGUUGUUUGCAAGGGUGCAGAUAUGAGGACCCCUCAGGAUAACCAAAGUGGUAAUCUUCACACUGGCAGGAUUCGCAUUGCUACUGCUGUAGAUGGUGAUGAGGUUGGGCAGAUGCAGGAAGGGCAAGGAAAUUACGCAGCAUCAGAAAAAAAGUCAAGUCCUUUGCAGAGGAUCACAAAUGGUGCUUGUCCUUCUUUGAAUGGUAUUAAGAUAGAUAUUCCACAUUAUAAUGAGAGGGAAAAGCCUGUUGAUGAUGGAUCCCUGCGCAGUUUGCUGCCUACUGAUAUGCCUUGCGAUAUGAAUGGGAUCCUCGUCCCGAGUCCAAAUCCCACCGCACCAAGAAGUGUAUGGCAUCGGAGUAGAAGUAGUUCAUUUUAUGGACACUUCUCACGUGGUUGGUCAGAUGCUAAAUCUGAUGGUUCCCUAAAUAGUUUUGGCAAUGGACCAAAGAAGCCGCGAACACAUGUUACUUACUCGUAUCCUUCUGGGGUUUCAGGUUCGAGUUCAAAGCCGCAGCAGAGAACAAUUCCUCACAAAAGAAUCAGGAGACCCAAUGAAAAGAGGGCCUCAGAUGUCGCCCGAGUUUCUCAAAGAAACUGGGAGUUGUUAUCUUGUCAUGCGAACUUGUUAAUUACAGUGGGGGACAGGGGGUGGAGAGAGAGUGGGGCAGAGGUGGUACUUGAACUUGUGGAGAAUGAGUGGAACCUUGCUGUAAAAGUUUCAGGGACCACAAAAUAUUCUCAUAAAGCACAUCAGUUUCUGCAGCCUGGGUCCACUAACAGGUAUACACAUGCUAUGAUGUGGCGAGGAGGGAAAGAGUGGACACUCGAAUUUUCAGACAGAAGCCAAUGGGCUCUUUUCAAGGAGAUGCAUGAAGAGUGUUACAACCGGAACUUCCGUGCUGCAUCAGUAAAAAACAUUCCAAUUCCUGGCGUCCGGGUGGUAGAAGAUUACGAUGAUAAUGGAAUGGAGCUAUCGUUUCGCAGUCCUGCUAUCUACUUCCAGCAAGUUGAAACAGAUAUUGAAAUGGCCUUGAAUCCAUCUCGUGUCCUUUAUGACAUGGACAGUGAUGAUGAGCAGUGGAUUUCAUCUUGUCAGGGUUCUACAAAUGUUCAUGAGAGUGGCUCCGGGCACAUAUCUGUGGAGAUAUUUGAGUGGACAAUGGACAUGUUCGAGAAGAAAGCUCAUGCUCUACAGCGUGACCAUUUCACAUCCGAAGAAAUAGACGACUUGAAGUUAGGCGCAGGACCAGUGGUGAGAGCUAUUUAUGAACAUUGGCAGCAGAAGAGGCAAAAGAAAGGAAUGCCAUUGAUUCGACAUCUUCAGCCACCAUCAUGGGAAAAGUACCAGCAGCAGUUGAGAGAGUGGGAGCUAGCUUUGAAUAAAGGGAACUCUGCUCCUUCUGAUGGGUGUCAGAAGACCUCAGCUGCUGAAAGACCUCCCAUGUUUGCUUUCUGUAUGAAACCUAGGGGUUUAGAAGUUCCUAAUAAAGGCUCAAAGCAAAGGUCUCAAAAACGAUUCUCAGUCACAGGGCAAAGCAAUGGUUAUCAUGGAGAUCAUGACAGUUUCCAUGCUUUUGGGAGAAGAUUGAACGGACCUAGUUUUGGAGAUGAUAGGGCCCUCUAUUUGGGACAUAACUAUGGGCAUGUGGACAAUUCUCAAUUGGCACAAACAUCUCCAUUGGGAUAUUCACCACGAGAUGUCCCUGGGCAGGGAUAUUUCCCAGUCGGCAAUGAUGGAUUCAAUCGAAAUUAUCCUCCGAGACAACACAGAUAUAAGUCAAAGAAAUCUGGUGCCGUUGCAUCUCCUCGACCUUUACAGAUGGUCACUGCCUACGGUAGGGGAACCACAGGCAGUAAAAAGGAUACCCUUCACUGGAAUUCUCAUCAACAUUUUUCAUCUGAAGGCUCUCAUAGACCAUCUGGUGAGCAGUGGGACCAGGUGGAUAUGGAGGAAUAUAAAUUGUUGGAUGCAUCUGGUGCAGCGCGGUAUGCAUCUAAUUUAGCUAAGCUUAAGAGAGAGAGGGCGCAGAGACUUCUUUGCAAAGCAGAUGUAGCAGUUCACAGAGCUGUGGUUGCUCUCAUGACUGCCGAAGCGAUGAAAGCGCCUUCGGAGGAUAGGGAUGAUGGGUAGGUUUUAUGAAGAUUAUCAGUGAUUAUCAGCGAACAGAAUUGGUAUAGUUCUCAAUUUGACCCUGAAGAAUGUGCAGAUGGCAUGAAAAUGUUUCUCUGAAGCGGGAGCUGGUCCGAGAUUUGUUGAUGCUGGUGUGCCUUUCACCAGGCAGAGUUUUUGAAGGAAAAGUUUGCGGAGAGGGAAUUAAUAGAGAAAUAUUUGGUUGUCACAUUUAAGUGUCGAUAUUUUGGCAGUUUUCUAGUCCAUCCUUGCAAUACCUUAGUGAUUCCAGUAGUCUUUACACCAGCAGCAAGUGUAUGCCUCAUUAGUGCUGCUCGUCGUGUUUAUUUUGCAAGAGCAUUGUAUAGAAUCUUUUGCUUCCAUUCUCUGUACAGUCACCCCACCCCCCUCUAUCAAAUAAGAAAGGAAAAAGGAAAUGAAGAGAGAUUGACCAAACUAAA